AUGCCUCCUACAAGUAAGGAGACCUUGGUAAAGAACGUUUCCGACUCGCAGCCAAUAUAUUCAGAACGCCCGGGCAAGUCGACUGAGAGUUCUCCGUCAUCCACUCGCAGCAAGCGCCGGGCACGCAUGGAUCCUGCACGACAUUGCGAAUUGUCAAACAAGCACUUAAAGACAGUACAGUCGAAAAGACGGUACAACACACCCCAAGCCUUCAGCGUCCACGAACAGAAACAAGGACAAGUGCAAGAAACACUCGUACGCGGUGAUCAAGCCAUCAACAAUCUGAACAAGGCACCGGUCCCAGCAAGACCACCCAUCAUAGAGGCGGCGAGCUUGUUCGCGCCGCUCGACUUGGAGGAAGCGGAGGUGGAGGAGGCAGCAGCCGCGUCAGUUGUGGUUGCACUGCCGCUCACACUGCCGCUUGGCGCUGCCGGUAGCCGUGCUUGUUCCUGUGGGCGUAGCGGAUGUAGCGGGAUAGGCGGAACCUUCUGGCUUGAUCGCGAACUCCUCACUCUUGGCAUAGAUCUACAAGGGUUCACGAGCAUCAAAAGGCAGAGGACAUGGCGCUCACAGGACGGUGAAGUUCUCGUAAGGAGAGGUAUCGCAGGUCCAAGCUUACGUAAGGCGCCAGCGUUUCCGUCGCGUGGAUAUUUGGAACAUGAUCGUCCGGACAUGUCCGCUCGCCCACGCAUCCCGUUCUUGCUCACCAGCAUCGCCUCUUCACCGAAACAAGGGACUCUGCUUGCAAUUGUCUGGUCGCGAGAACGCCUCAGCGCCGCCAUCAGCUAUAUCAGUCACGCUGCACGCUGCCGCUUUCUAGACCGUUUGCAUCUCUACUGGUUGACCACCAACACUGUUAUGGCAUCUCUGACACCGCCCCAGUCACCGCCGUCCUGGACGCACUCUGCGGAACAGUUCCUCGAGCUCACGAAAGAUGUGAUCGCGAAGGAUCGGCGCCGCCUUCUGCUGAUUGUAACCUUUCAUGCCAGACCUGCCACCGGAGAAAAGGAGCGUGUUGUGCUCCUGAAGCUCAAGGAGGAAGAACAUGCGGCGAACACCUACCCAUCUGACGGCAACUUCUACACAUGGGACUACUGGUAUUACCACCGCGUGCUACUCGAGCGUUCGCUCAAGCUGGAUGACGAGAUGGUCAAGGAGCGCUGUCCUGUCAGUGCGGUGGUGCCUACGAUCCUCGAGAUCUACCAGAACCUGCUUGGCGUGUGGUUCGUGGAGAUCAACGGCGAGACGUGGCAUCCUGAUGUUCAGCAGUUUGCGGUAUGGGAGAAGAUGCGAAUGACGAGUCCCGCUUUGUCGGGUAUUGUUACUUGGACCUCUUCCCUCGUGAGCUAUUCGCUAGCAGCGAUGGUCGCAAACUUAGCAAAGCCCACACCGACGAUUCUGGCACUGAUGCCGCACAAUGACGUCGUGACGUUUUUCCACGACAUAGGGCACGUCUUCCAUGAGCUGUUGAGCAGGACGCGGUUCUCUACGUUCCAUGGGACAUCUAUGGGAGGUGACUUUGUGGAGGCGCCCUCGCAGAUGCUCCAGAAUUGGUGCAUACUGACGAGGCUCUUUGUGUGGCAACCGACUGACUACACAGCAUUAUGGAACGACCUGCGCGCGGCGACUACUAGGAUCAGCUCCGGUCUCCGGUCUGCAGGCCAGGCUCAUUCAACCACAUCGCAAGCGGUUACGAUGCUGGAUACUAUGAGCACGUGUUUCCACAGAUAUCUGAACAUGUACACGUAUUCGUUGGUCUUUGCCGCUGAUAUGUACACGACAGUGUUCAAGCAGGAUCCUCUCGAUCCAGUACGAGGCGCACGCUACAGGAAGUCCAUACUGCUUCCAGGCGGUGGCAGAGAGGAGCUCGACUCACUCAAGGAACUCUUGGGCCACGCGCCGAAUUCGGGGGCGUUCCUCAAGGAGCUCUUCAGCCAGACCACGACGACUGCCUCGAAUCUCUGUUUCAAACGGGGAUUCUCGAUUGGAACCGAGAAACAGUCACAGAGUGAAAGAAGUGGCGAGCGAGGGUUUCGCAGUCAUGAAGUGCCGGCGACAGAGCAGGGUAGUCUGGCUCUCCGAUCUCAUCAAUGCUGUGAAUAUGGUGUCGCCGUCCUUAACCUGGAGCUGGAAUCCUACACAUUGCAUGUGCCACAAAAUGUGGCGUCGAGCAUUAUCAUGGCUUGUGGUCCAGCCGAUAAAACUUUCCAGCCCGAGCAGAAGCAACCUUGCAAAGCAGCCCCAAGCAGCCAGCGAAGCAACGCGCAAAGUAGCCACGAAGAGAAAUUUUGUGUCGCCCGUGCACGAGCCAUGGCACCAGAGCGGGAACGCGGCAACGCGAAUCGCUUACAUCAGUGCACGAUCAGUUACCGCGGGGGGUCACUGGGCGCAGACAUUGCGAUCACUCUCUACCGCUCAUCAAGCUCUGAGGAACGCGACAUUGUCAUUGUGGGAGGAGGCCCAGAAGGACCUGCUCUUUCUAGUGCACUUGCCUCCGAUGAACGGCAUGAAAUCCUAUGGGUCAUCAAGGUAGACGUGUCUUGGAAGAUUGCGCCUGGAAAUAUCUACUUUUCACCGAUCUUCUUGUACGACUGA